CGUUUCACAAAUGACGUCACGCGGAUAACAUUUAACAAACAGUUUCGAAACCGAAACAGCGGAUAACUUGAGAAACAACUCUUCAGUAUUCGUGUGACGGCUGGAUUCAAACAUCUUCCAUCUUACCCACACACGGGAGCACCGGGGAGAGUGGACGACCCACGGUUUCAGCUGUCCUGCUCGUAUUUGUUGACCGCUCAGCUAGCCGGGCUGCUAAGUGUAGCUAGCGUUAAGUAGGUAGCUGGGAGCUAGCUUGCGAGUUAGCAAGAGAAACUCAACAACACUUCAUCUCUAAAACAGAGUGCUUAGCGUCCGUCAGUAUGGAGAAUAAAUAUAACCUCAAGAGUCCAGCGGUAAAGAGGCUGAUGAAAGAGGCUGCUGAACUGAGGGACCCCACAGAGCACUACCACGCCCAGCCACUGGAAGAUAACCUCUUUGAAUGGCACUUCUCCGUACGCGGGCCACCAGAUUCUGAUUUCGACGGUGGGGUUUACCACGGCAGGAUCGUGCUUCCCCCAGAGUACCCGAUGAAGCCCCCCAGCAUCAUCCUCCUCACGCCGAAUGGAAGAUUUGAAGUUGGGAAGAAAAUUUGCCUGAGCAUCUCUGGCCACCAUCCAGAGACCUGGCAGCCCUCUUGGAGCAUCCGAACCGCUCUAAUAGCCAUAAUCGGAUUCAUGCCAACAAAAGGAGAGGGAGCAAUAGGAUCUCUUGAUUAUACUCCAGAAGAGAGGAGGGCUCUUGCCAAAAAGUCUCAGGACUUCUGCUGUGAAGCGUGUGGCUGCUCCAUGCGCUCUGCCCUCCUGGCUCUGACCCCAAACAGCAACCCCAGCGCAGAGGACUACAAGGCUAAAGAGCUGGCCCAGCAAAUCAACUUCAAGGCAGAGUCCAGUUUAUCCAGACAGGCAAGUGAGAGCGGAGGUGCAGAAAGCGAGCCUUCCACGCUCACCGAGGGAGACACCUCCACGUCUGCCAGCCAGGAAGCUUCUGAGGCGCCCCAGGCGGAGCAGGCUGAGGCAUCUCCAGCCACAGGGAUAGAGGGACCCCAACCCGCUGUGACCCCAAGCACUGGUCUCCCUCUCAGCCCCCGGCAGCGUCGCGCCCAGCAGCACAGCCAGCAGGGCCAGAGAGACGGCAGAGAUCCAGCCAGCAGGCCAGCCUUCGCCCCGGCUCCUCGCCAGCCUCUGGAUGAAAGCCACGCAGGCUCGGCGGUCCUCAUUGUGGUGCUCACUCUGGCCCUGGCGGCGCUCAUCUUCCGCAGGAUCUACCUGGCUAAUGAGUACAAGUUUGACUAUGAGCUGUGACCACACACUUGGCUGCCCCCACUCCUUUCUCACCCUCAAGUCAACCCCUCCUGCUACCACCCUAACAGAACUAUGGCCAGCUGACGUGGAGCCAGAACCCGCGGCGGUGGCUGAUACUGACUUUCUGCCCUCCCUGCUCAUCAGCAGAGGGCUCGGUCUCCGCUGAGGGGGAACUUUCAUUCCUGCAGAGGAGGAGCUCCACUUACCACAACACCCCCAGGGUGUCUUUUAAUCAAUGUGAAUUUUACUCUCAAGAGUGUCAUGCAUUUUUAAAAACGGGAAGCUUUGUUGUGUAGCCACACACACCACAUGUACCCCUCCAUAUAAUUGUUCUAUCCUAGGGCUGCCGCUUGUUCCCUUUAUUUAAUUAAAACUGUAUUAUGAUAUGUUAAAAAGGUUUUGGUGGAUUUUUGUCUCAAAGUAAUGAAUUAAUCAUCAAUCAAUCCAUCAGUUUUAUUUGUCACAUGUAGUCAUAUAAGGUACAAGUCCAGUGAAAUGUAACCCCACCAGUUCCUUCAGUUGUGCAUUAAAAAGAUUUUACAUAGAGUAGGAAUCGUAAUAAGUAUGUGUUUGAUUGGGGGUGGGGCAAUGACCACUCUUUGCAGGGCCUUGCGGUCUUGUCCAGUGCUAUUUCAGUACCGAGCAGUAAUGUUCCCUGUUAGGACGCUUUCAAUGGCGCAGGAGUAGAAACUCCUCAAAUCCUGCAAUUCCCUCAGGCGUCUGAGGUGAAACAGUCUCUGCUUUGCCUUUCUCACCACUGAGUCAGUAUGCAGCACCCAGGUCAGGUAGAAUGGAAUCAUCUGCAUAUAGUAUAAGUGCUAUAAUGACUUAUUAUUUAUGAGCUUUACCCUUCCAUUUUCUGAAGACAGUUGCACCAUGCAGGGCUCGAUUUUAAUGGUGCAAGCUAACAGCUGCUGUGUGGGCAUCUUUGAGUGCACGAGCUGUUGUGGUUGCUUUUGGUGUGGUUGGUCAACACAUUCUCACUCUCAACACGUCAAUAACAGCGCUUGGUCAGUGGUUCUGUGUAUCAAACUAUGACACUCUACGUACCCCUAUAGCAUCAGUUUUGGACAUUCAGGGACAGCAUGUCAGUUUCCGCAAAAUAAACUUCAGCCAAUGUAGGUUCAUUUUGUUAGAUCAAGACAGACGUCAGCAACCUUAACUAUCAAAUGAGCCAUCGUUGACAAAAAAAUAAUUAAAAAAUUAAAUUAAAAUCAAAUCUGCUUGGAGCCUUCGGUAACACUGCAUUUUAAGUCUAAAUUACCCUAUCAACAAUAAAAAUAGGUCGAAAUGAGCACUCAAAAAUAUGGAGAUGGCUCCUCUGCAGUGGCUAUUUAUGAUUAUUUGGUACUUUAACAUUGCAGCAUUGGUUGUGAAAGCAAACAAAUCUGUCCACUCACUAUUAAAUUCUUUAUUUUCCUCUGAAACCUUUAUUUAUAUGGAUUUGGAAUCCAAUUCUAGCCUGGCAAGGGAGACUCAAGACUAGCCACAGCUGAUGAAGUUUGGCAAAAUUUAGAAGAAAAGGUACUAGGCCGUAGACGUGUGACGCACAUUUUAGUUGACGAAAUGUUAACUUUUUUUUUAAUUCAGUGCAUGGGCUACACAUUUUUACAAUUGUAGAAUGUAAAAUUUUCUUUAGGCCUACAACAAUUAUGAAUAAAAAUUGAAAUGUUGAAAAAAAAAAAUCAAUAACUGUUAUUCAUUUUCGUGUGUGGGUUUUUUUUUUGUGUGUGUGUGUUUGUUUUUUAUUUAUUUUUUUAUUUUUUAUUUUUCAAAGCCAUAGAGAGCCACUGGAGAGGGGCUAAAGAGCCGCAUAUGGCUCCGGAGCCGCAGGUUCUGUACCCCUGGGUUGAGGCAACAUAAUCAAGUGGUUAGAUUUUGAAAAAAAAGAUGAAGUUUGGGUUAAAAUAAAUAGCCUAAAUUUCUUACAAAUGCAACGUCAGAUGUCACAUGACAUGUCACGUGACAUUUUACGCGGGACACGAACAGUGGUCUCCAAGGUGACAGUCCUGUGUUUGAUUGACCUAUCCACCAUCCUGACUUUCUUGCUCUGUACACUACAGCCAUUGUUCAGAGCGUCAAAUAAUGACAAGAUCCAGUGUGUCUUAUAAAGAUGCUAAAGGGUGCCUGGGUGUCUUGGUAUGCUACACUAAGAGCAACUGGCCAAGCAUCAGUAUUUUACGUGUUGAGAGUGAGAAUGGGUUGGGUUGGUAUUUGAGUCUUAAAUCUCCUGUAUCUCACAUUGUAAAUGGAUCAUAUUGUAGUAAAUAUGAAACCCUAACAUUGUGCAUUUUAAGAAUAAAACAUGAAAUGCCGCUGUUUUUAAAAUAGUUGGAAUGGAGCCAGUGAUGUGGGGGAGGAUUGAUUCGUCCUGGUAAUCUGCUAUCUGGAUGUUGAGUUAUAAGUGACCCGUCUGAUGUGUGUAGAGGUGUGUGUGGCAGCACCAUUCAAAUCAGAAUUAUCAGCAUAUAUGUCCUGCUUUCAGGCGGCUGCAGGGAUUUAGUGAACUAAAGGAGAAGCUUUCCAUACAGUAUAAAGCAGCUGUGGGCCACAGAUGCUCUAAGAAUCACUGGUAUUCAUUUAAAGAUCAGCGCAGACUGUUACUCCGUGUUCUGUGACCAUUGUAAUGUGUGACUGCAGGGAUGUUAUCACACUUUCUACAAGUGAGAAGUCUGGAACAUGCCUGGAAGUCACAAUUUCUGACACAGACCAUCAGAAAAUGUGACUCCACUGUAGCAAGGAAUAAAAAUCUUCAUCCAAAUAUUGUCAGGCACUUGGCCUCUCUCUCACCUUUUUAUAUAAACUGACCAGCUGAACUGCCAAAGGUCGUUAGAAGCACAACAAUAAAAAGGUCACUGUUUCUGACAUUCGUCAUGAGGAAAUGUGAGUCUACUGUACCUGCAUCAAAUAUUGUCAGGUACUUGGAUAUAGCAUUCUUGUGACCCCUUUAGACCCUGAAUAACUUUAACAUAAUUUAAUGGUAAAAGCUACUUUUAAAGUGCGACAGCAUCCUUACAACAGCACUUCCUGCAGUCAUACAAUGAAGGGGGAAUUCCACCUACACAUCACGUCUGUUUUCAGUACUACUGCAUAUAUAAAAAAUGUAUAAAGUCUUUUGUGUCUCCAGAGGGAGCUGUGUGAAGUCGCAUGAGUCAGCUUCAGUCGGGGAUGAAGACAACAAGUUUGAAAAUGAAAAGAAUCUGGGGGUGUGGAGUUUAAAAGAUGUGAUCUCACCAGACCUUUGUAGCCCGCUGCUCAAACCUCUGCUGCAGGCCAGAGGCUCCAGUUAGUGAAAUCAAAGACCUGUGUUGCAAACUGAACAGGCAUUUUCAACCUGUGGCCAUCCACAAUGAUAUGAAUCGAUUUGAAGAAAAAAAAACAUGUCAAUUAUGUUUUUUAUUUUUGCCUCAAAUAAUAAUGAGCAACUUGGAGUAAAAUUAGUAUCUGUUUCCAUGGCAUUACUUGUGCUUUCCCAAAUAACACAUUAGGAUUCAGGUACAUCCCUGUGUGCUACAUUAGGCGCACGAGUGAAACCUUUGGAAGUUGAGUUACAUCGUGGGUAGUGUAGGCAUCAGGUGUUGUCGAGGAUGAACAAUGUCUGGAAUAAAAAAGACAAUGAUUCUGCUGCAUCAAUUAAAACCCCGUUUGUGUUUUAAUUGUGAGUCUCAAAUACUAAAUCAGUAUGCUUUUAAGGUGGUCACAGAAUGUGUUGUAACACCUGCUAUAAUCACACUAAACAUUAAUUUUAAAGGUAAUUGAAAUGCAUAUAUUGUUUGGAGACAUAGAUUGUAUAUUAAAGAUGGAUGACAUUACAGCUCCCCAAAAUUGAAGCCAAAACAUCCUGAUUGCUCCCUGGUGGCUUGCUGCAGUGUAGGUUGUAAACCCCGUCCCCUCCAUAUUAGCAGAUGGGACGUGAGCUGAAUGAAAAAAGUCAGUGUACAAGUCAAAUAAAUUUCUCCGAAAGAUGGUUUUUGAUGGUUAAUGUAUGUUCAAGUGUUUGUUUUUCCAACUAAGUUUGGUUUUAAUUAGUUAGUUGAUGUUAUAAAAAGAGGCUUUGAUGUCAUAAUUGACAGAUGUGUGUGUGUCAGUCGAUGUGCUUGCUAUCAGUGGUGCUCUUCGUGACUGGUCGGACAGGUGGUUGGGCAUGAAUUUAAAACCCUGGAGACUGCCACUGCACAGACUCUGGCGUCCAAUGACGUCACCAGCGCAAGAUAGCAAUAGCUAUAUUUGGGAUAUUUUGGCUUCAUUUUUGUACAGUCGGUGAAAGUGGAAACAUGUUGUCUAUCUUAAUUUACAGCCAUUGGUUUAAGUAUUUAUUUAAAAAUGUGUAUUUACAAGUUUAGAACUUGUUUCAUAAUUGCUUGAAAUUUGCCAUAUUUAGUUUGCUUUUGUUGACAAAAUAACCAAAGUGCCAGCUGUUGUCGCGGCAUCAAAUGGCUGUUAUCAGUGGAUGUAGGCAUCACAGAUAUGGGUUAGAAGGGGCCUACCACACAAACAAACACAGGACUUUUAACCAAGAGAGCAGGGUUUGUGUCCCAUGUGAAACCAAAAGACAGCGCUGACUUAUUUUAAUCAGAGAUGGUUGUUUUAACUGAUGUAGGCUACCAUAUCUUUAAACCUAACCACAACGUUUUUGAGCCGAACCGUAAGGAAAGUGAAACCUUAUAAAACUGCAACGUUCCACUGUGUUGGAUAUGCAAACGGCCAUUUAAUGGGCUGAUAAUGGCCUCUGAACCUAAUAGCAGGUGUGGCAGGCUCCUUCAAACCCAUAUCUAUGAGGCUAAAAACCACAGAUAAUAGCCAUACAAUGGGCAGAUAACAUCUGAAACGGGUGCACCUGCCAGCAUAGUGUCUUUGCUCUAGACACAGGCAUGGUGCUGAGAAAUCUACUGUAUUCUCAGUGCAACUCCCAACACUAAUUUUCCAUCAAAAUACCAACUACCUGCUUUGUGCUCCCUCAUUUGAAUGAAAUUGCCACCUGCGUUUGGCACCGUACCAAAAGCAAAAAAGAAUCUCAAGGUCAGAAAAAAUGCCAAACUUUUGGAGCACUGCUUGCGCUGGUUGCUGUGCCGCCUUUAAAAUGUAGCCAACUGUGUAAUAAUUCCCAGCAGUCCUGUGAAGGAAUGAGUUAACUGGUCCGAGGUCAGCUAAAUACAACAUGUUUACUGAAGCACAGCAUGAGGGCAGAGAGCUUUGAACUGUUCUCACCACUGCAAUGUUUACUGGUGAGAUAAUUUUAGGGAUUAUUUGCACCAGUAAACAUGACACGGGUCUUCAGAAAACACCUACAGGUUCAGCCAACUGUCUAGUUUCUUUCAACACAAGUAUGAUUCAUCGGAUUCUUAAUCUGAUUCUGCUUUCCCACCUAAAACAGAUUUUCUCUAUUUCAUUUGAAUCAGGGAGUCAUCUUUCUGUGGUCACUCUAAUCCCAUUCAUUUGUAUCUUUCCUCCCUCACUGCCUCUCUCUCUGCCUCCCCUUCUGUUUCAUGAUAUUCACACCACGUCCCUGUGCAUUAAUCUCUUGUUUGGCUUGCAUUCUCUAAAGCUGUAUGCAAACAGUGAUUUUUUCCCCCCCAGCUUGCAUAAAUAGACCCAAACACUGUCUAGCGUUUACCCUCUUUGAGUAGGGGUUUAACACUCUGAUGAGACUCGCAGGAACUGGGAAGCAAUUUUAAUUAAUUCUUUGCACAUUGUAGCUGAUGGCUUUUUGACAUGUACAACAACUUGGCAGCAUACAAAUAGCACAGAUGUUGUAGCAGUCUACCUGUUGAGGGGAACGAUUCUGUGACAGUAGUUUUUUCUCUUUGUUUUGAGCAACAUCUUCUACCUGCAUGUGUCCAGGUAUUACUUGAAGGCAGCAGGGAUUCUCUAAGAAUAGCCAUAUUCUCAGAAUCUCGCUAUAGCUGCCUCUUCAGUUAUUGUGCCCAAGGCUGGUAUACUGGGAUAUAAACAGAAAAAUAAACCGCUUGAAUGAAAAAAA